AUGGCCGACGCGAGCGCGCAUGCUGGGCGCGCGGACGUGGGGCCCAGCGGCAGGGAGCCGGACGGUGUCGACGCGCACGGCAGUGCGUCGCCGACGGCGGCGGCGCACGGCGCAAACGGCGCGUGCAAAGCGCCGCCGCUCGCCGCGUCGCGCACCCGCCAGCCCCCGGCGCGCGGCAUUUUGCGAGCGCCGCCGCCGGGGAGCAGCAGUGCGCUGUGGCUCGGAAAGGAGCUUGUCUACAACCUCAACAGCCGCCUCGCGCAGCAGAAUCUGCCGUCGCUCCCGGUCAAGGUGCCCAACACCGGCGCCGUGUCGAUGCUCACCGGCGUCUUUCGGCGGUGGGGCAGCGCGGCCGGCGCCGCGGCGGAGGCACCGCACGAGGCACCGCCAGCAGACGCGCCAGCGCCGGCCCACGCCGGCCGCCGGCGGCACGUCCACUUUCGGGUCGAGGACCUCGCCCACACCUAUCCGAUUGCAACGGCGGAUGCGCCCGGUGCCGAACGUGCGACGCGCGACCGGAUCGAGGAGGAGUAUGAGAUGCGUAUGAACCGCCUGCUUGGCCGUGCAUGGACGCCGGGCGAGCUGCAGGGUCUGUACCGCAUGUGCUGCCGCGCGCGCGAACAGGCGCCGUGCGGCCCCAUCCUCCGGGCGCUCGACCAGGCGGCGUCGUGGCCGCGGGGCCAGCACACGCUCGACUUUACCUCGGUCGACUUGCGCGCGCACGCGCAGCCGCUCGCCGACAUGCUCGGCGCGCCCAUGGCGCUGCAGCGCCUCGUGCUCGAGGACUGCCACCUGACCGAUGCCGGCGCCGCGGCGAUCCUCGAUGCGUUGCUGACCGCGUCGAGCGUGCGCUCGCUGAGCCUCGCCGGCAACGUGCACGUCCGCGCGCAGGGCUGGGACGCGCUGGGCGACCUCGUCGCCCAAGGCACGCUCGAGCACCUCGACGUGUCGGAAAACAGCCUGGCGAAAAGCGCGGUGCGUGCGCUGUUGGGAGGCGGCGCACACAAGCUGCAGACGCUGCGUAUGGAGCAGUGCGAUCUGCGUCCCGCGUCGCUCGACAUUAUCGCGCACGCCGUGCACCAGUCGCCGCUGCGCCACCUGUCGCUGCGCCGCAACCGCAUCGGCGGCCACGGCGUCGAGGUCCUGGCCGCCGUACUGCGCGACGUCCCCGAGGACGCUGCCGCUGCGAUCGAGGCGGCCGAGCAUGCCUCGCCCCUCGCGAGCGGCACGGAGCUGUAUCCCCCCCACGGCGAUGCGCCCGUCGCGCGUGCGCUGCUCGAAGGCACGCCGGUCGGCCUUUCCGAUGCGCACGAGCGCCUCCGUGCAGAGCUGAUGCGCGGUGCGGCCGCCUUUCGGUCGGUGCUCGCGCCGCUGCCAGUGUGCAGCGCGCUUUUGACGCUCGAUCUCAAGUCCAACAUGGUGCGCGGCAAUGUGGCGCCGCUCGCCGCAGCCUUGCGGCGCAACCGGACGCUGCGUGUGCUGAGCCUGAGCGACAAUGAGCUGGACCCCCUUGGCCUGGCGCUCCUGGCCGACGCGCUGCGCUACAACACCACACUCGAGACGCUCGACGUGAGCCACAACCCCUGCUGCGCGGAUAUGGUCGGCGUGCUGCGCCUGCGCGAGGCGCUCGCGGUGCACCCCAAGCUGAAGCGUGUCUUUUUGGCCAACACGCAGCUCACGCCCGAAGGCGCCGUGGCGCUCGCCGAGUGCCUGCCGGAUGCGCGCCAUCUGCUGCACCUCGACCUUGCCGGUAAUCCGCUGCGCCUCGUCGGCACGCUCGCGCUGCACACGGGCCUCACGGCGAACGCGUCGGUGCGGUGCCUGGACGUGUCGGUGGACACGUCGGACGCCGAGCAGCUCGCUGCGGCGCAGCGCAUCUACGACGUGUGCCAUGCCAAUGCCGAGGCCGCACACGCGCGCGCGACGACCGGCACGGCGCGGCACCAGGCGCACCAGGCGCUGGAGCGCUCGGUGCUCGCCGCGGCGCUGCACAAAAUCCAACCCCCGUCGACGGCGCACAUUGAUGCGCUGGACGCGGCGCGCCACGCGCUGCGCCCGGAGGCGGGUGAGAGCGAGCAGGCGUCGGCACGCGCGGCACUCGAGCACGCCGUGGAGCACUGGCCCAGCGCCGACGAAAAGAUCCUACCGGAGGCGCAGGCGGUUCUCCAUCAGCUAUGCGAUACCAAAAAUCCCCCUACUCUUUCGCUCGAGAUGCCCAACACCUCGAGCGAACAGCCCAAGAGCCCGACCGCGCAGCGCGCCGAGGGGCUCUUGACGGAGGAAAGCAAGGUCUUCCGGCAGGCCAAGACCCUCGAGGUCAGCGACGAACACCACUCGCCUGUGCACACGUCGCCGACGCUCGACGACGAGGACAAGAGCGGCGACGAACUGCGCCAGGAGAUCCUCGAAGCGACACGCACGGCCGUGAACUAA